AAGUACAGGGGUUUCUUUUCGAAACUCCCAAAUCAAAGGGGCGCAAUCGCAGUUGCUCACGCAAGAUCAAAUCCGCUCCGAAUACAAUUUCACAGUGUGAAGGGAGAAGAAGAUGCAGUGGUACGUCGUCGCUUCAUUCCUCACCGUUCUCACAAGCUCUCAGGGGAUAUUGACGACACUGUCCCAGAGUAAUGGGGGGUACAAGUAUGACUAUGCUACUGUGCCUUUUCUUGCUGAAGUUUUUAAGCUAAUUGUGUCUUGUUUGAUGCUGUGGAGAGAAUGCCAGGCUUCGCCUUCCCCUAAAAUCACAACUGAUUGGAGAAGUGUGCGGUUGUAUCCGAUUCCGUCAAUCAUAUACCUCAUUCACAACAAUGUGCAGUUUGCCACAUUGACUUAUGUUGAUACCUCCACUUAUCAGAUAAUGGGAAACUUAAAGAUUGUUACGACUGGAAUACUGUUCAGGCUAUUUUUGAGGAGGAAGCUUUCUAAUUUGCAGUGGAUGGCUAUCGUUCUAUUGGCUAUUGGAACAACCACAAGCCAGGUUAAAGGUUGUGGAGAAACUUCUUGUGAUUCUCUCUUCUCGUCUCCAAUUCAAGGAUACAUGCUGGGUGUAUUAUCAGCUUGUCUCUCUGCUUUGGCUGGCGUGUACACGGAAUUCUUGAUGAAAAAGAACAAUGACAGCUUAUAUUGGCAGAAUAUUCAAUUAUACACAUUUGGUGCAAUAUUCAACAUGGCCAAACUAGCUACUGAUGAUUUCAGAAGUGGAUUCGAGAAUGGUCCUUGGUGGCGACGUCUUUUCAAUGGAUACAGUGUAACAACUUGGCUGGUAGUGCUAAAUCUUGGUUCGACUGGACUGCUAGUAUCGUGGUUGAUGAAGUAUGCAGAUAACAUCGUUAAGGUGUAUUCAACGUCGAUGGCCAUGUUAUUAACAAUGCUGGUAUCUGUGUACAUUUUCCAUUUCAAACCGACUCUUCAGCUCUUUUUGGGAAUUGUGAUCUGCAUGAUGUCACUGCACAUGUAUUUUGCCCCUCCAACCGUGCUUGUGGACUUGCCUCUGACGGCAAAAGCAUCACCUGAAAGUCUGGAUGAAGUUUCUGCUAAUCGAAGAACAGCUUCCUAGAGUUCAACUUCAAGUGAGCCUCAGUCCUCUCAAAUCAUCCCUUUUUUCAUUCAGGAAAUUGCAGAGAGGAAUUGUUUCCAAUCCUCGGAGGAUGGAAAAUGUAGAGUCACAGCCUGUAGAAACAUGGAACUAAGACAGAAUCACCACAUGAUUCUUACAGGAGCAAGUUAGUUAGUUAGUUAGCUGUAUGAAAGAGUACAUGGAUGUGAAAAUUCUUGCUGUCCGAGUUCAGCUUGUUAGACUCAAGUGUACGAACCAUUCCAAGUCUAUAUUGGUGUAUAGCCACAUCUAAUCUUGUUAUACACUACUUUGGAACAUUUUGUAUUUGUUACACAAUUGUUUAUACAGCUCCUUUUUGUGUGUUUGUGUCUGUGUGUGUGAGAGAGAAAGAGUGAUAUGUGUUGGUGGGCAAAUAUGGGGCGAUUUCUCCGUCAAGCACCACCACCAGUGGGGGCGGCCAUAACCACCGACAGCGAGAACUGUGCCACCAUGUGAGGGAGGAGUGUCUCCUUUUUUCUCCCAGGUACAACCAACUCCAUUGCAUAUUGCUGCUGCAUUAUAAAUGGCCUCCAAAAAAUGUGUGGUGCUUAAUUUUGUUGAAUUCAUAUAAAGAAGCAAGUACAUAUACCAGAUGCCCUACAUUCAAGGGCACUCUCAUCAAAUUAUUUGCAUCAAUUCUAUUGGCUGCCCACAAUAAUUAUUGCUCUCUCUACUAAGAUUUGUGGACAAUAUCAAGAAAGGGUCACCUAUUAUUGGAGGGAUAGUUUGCCCCUAAAAUCCUUUAGUCCACAAUUCAUGAGUCAACAUAAGGACCUAUAAAUCUAUAAUUAGGAACACUAAUGAAAUUAUAAAUUUGAUAUUGUAUAUAGGCUUGAGUUUAGAUGUUUGAUCUAAUCAUUUUACACAAAUUGGGUAUCAUAGAUGCCAUAUUAGAUUAAAUAUAUCGGUUAUAAUACCAAUGACUUGAUAGAUACAUCGAAAAAUCCCUCAUAUGUAACGAAAAAUUCCACACACGAAACGACAGAUGCAUUGAACGUUUCAUCUUAGCUAACAAGUUUAAGCAUUUCUUUGUGCUAAUUAGACAGCUAAUUUGACUAUUAAUUGGGAUGGUUACAGUUUUUUCCAGCUUUCCGUUUUCACAAAUACCAAAGUCAUUUUGUAUACUUAUUUGUUCUUCGCAACUUCAUGUAAACACGAAUCAAAUAAUUCUCCCAGAUAGUACAAAAAAGAUAAAAUAUUUGUAGGGGAAAAAUAAAAUGUAAGAUGAAAGAUAAUAAUUUGACAAAGCAAGAAACCUUAAUAUCUACAUACAGUAUAUUUGUAUUUGUGGGAAAGUUCUAGAAUUUGUUUCCAUUUAUGACUCAUAUGAAUUGUCCCCUAACAUAUGUUUCAUGCACGUAAAAUGACGUUUAGGGUCAAUCAAAGGCCAGUACAAAAAUUGACAACACUAUAAUUCAUAUCGAAAAUUUAAGCAUUUAUAUAAAAAAAUAAAUCUACAUUUAUUUCCUAUACCUAACUGUUCACAUUGUUUGUUGACUAUAAAUAGGUCCAAAAUGAUCUCUCUUUUCUUUCUAAGAAGGGUAGUCAAAACUUAGGAAGAAAAUAAAAUGAUGGGAGGAGGGAUUGAAUCUGUACCACCUGGUGGUCUCGGUGGUGGUGGUGGUGGCGGUCGUCCAAAUGGGCAGGUGGUGAGCAACCGGGGCGGGUUCCAAAUGCCGUUGCACUACCCGAGAUAUAAUCGAGCGGAGUACGAAGCUAUGCCGGAGUGGAAAGUAGACUGUUUACUAAAUGAGUAUGGGCUACAUGUGAGUGGAGAUGUUGAUCAUAAGAGAAAAUUUGCAAUGGGAGCUUUUUUAUGGGGUUUUUGAGGUUGGUUUGUGUUAAUUGUGUACGUAGUAAAAUUUAGUAAAUGUGAUCACAAUAAUGUUACUAUGAGUGCUAGUGUGGGUUGUGCAUCUAAGGGAUUUGUUUCCUUCCCUUUGUGUCACCAUAAAUAUGUUAAGUAGUAGUACUACUUACUAUGAAACCUAUGUUUCAUGAACUGAUAUCAAAAUAUCAUUCUGUGGA